AUGUUUCACACGUCUGCCGCAUACUCGGACAUGACGGCAGCUGUGGUUGCAACUGGGAACACUGGCUCGUACCAUCAGUCGGCAGCGGCAGCCGCGGCAGCAGCCGCCAACGCACCCGUGUAUGUGCCCUCGAGUCGCGCCUUGCCCCACUCCCAGUACGGGGCACAUUCGGCCAACUUUUCCACACAAAAUGGCUGGCCGGCGGAUGGAUUUGGCACGACGCACACGCAGCUUCCACCCCAGUUCUAUGCGCAGAACGUGAUGAUGGGUUCCUGGCGCGCCUACGAUCCGACCGGCUUUCAGCGCACCUCACCAUAUGACAGCGCAAUGGAUUUCCAAUUCGGCGAGGGAAGAGAAUGUGUGAAUUGUGGGGCCAUUUCAACACCGCUCUGGCGUCGGGACGGCACCGGCCACUAUCUCUGCAAUGCAUGCGGGCUCUAUCACAAGAUGAACGGUAUGAACCGUCCGUUGAUAAAGCCCAGCAAGAGACUGGUGAGUCAGACUGCCACGCGACGGUUAGGACUGUGCUGCACGAACUGUGGAACGCGUACGACGACCCUGUGGCGGCGCAAUAACGAUGGUGAACCGGUGUGUAACGCCUGCGGGUUAUACUUCAAGCUGCACGGCGUCAACAGACCGCUGGCAAUGCGCAAGGAUGGCAUACAGACGCGUAAGCGCAAGCCGAAGAAAACGGGUGGAUCCGGUUCGACGGACGUGAUGGCGCUAGUGGGUGGCAAAAAGGAUGAUGGAAUUGGUGACGGCUUGCUGCAAACCGAUCGCAAUGGCAACUCGAAGAAUCUUACCGGAAGUCCCAAGUCGCAAAACCUUUCGUCGCCCGCAAUCCGUUCCCUGCAUAUUUCGCCCCAUCACGGACAAUCGUACAAUCUGCCAUCGUCUCUAGGAUCGUCGCAUCACGGCGGUAGUGGAUCGCUGGGAUCCUUAGUAGGCAAGUAUGAUCUAUCGGCCCUUUCGCCACCCGGUUCGCUUGGAGGCGUGCCGGGAAGUAUCUCGAGUGUCGUGUCCUCGUCCGCAUCUCAUCAGCAGCAUGCGGGACUGAACGCAUCGCACAUCUACACGACACCGAGCUCGAACUCGCUGUCGACCCACCACAGUCAUUCGCCCGUCAACGGUUACAAUCAUACGACCGGUGGUUCGACCAUUACUGGCAACGCUGGUAGCAGUGGUGCCGGCGGUUCUAAUGCUUCCGGUUCAUCUAACCUGGGUGGGCAUAGCAACACACCCACCAGCAACACACCGUUCGGGCAGAUCAAAUCGGAAUCGAAUCCAUUGGGUGCGUCCACCACUCCGACAUCGUCCGUUCCGUCCAGCAAUGGGUACGGGGACUACAUGAACAACUGCCUACAGAGUGGCUACUUCGGUGGAGGUUUCGGAUCGUUGCACACCCACCAUAGCCCGCACCACGUGUCACCGGGUGUGGGAGGCUCGGUUAAUGGUGCGUCCUUGUCACAUUCGCAUCAUGCGCACCCACACCAUCAUCACCACCAUCAUCAUCACCAUCCGACUGCAGCGGAUCUAGCUGGGUACCAUCAUCAGCACAACGUUAUUCAGGCGGCAAAGUUGAUGGCAUCUUCAUAA